UACUUCUUAUGCAAACAAAUUGUAAUUUAGGCGCCAUAAUCAAUCGUUGAAUCAGGAUAAAAUUUAAUGGUAAAAGAAACAUCUUUUAUGGCAAGGUCUGUUGAUUCAAACGCAGCGUUUUACUCAAGAGAAUAGAAAAGAAAAUAUGGCAACGAACUUUUAGAGAAAGAAACGAAUAUAUUUACUGUCUAUACAAGAGAAGAGAAGCACCAACUUCACACGCUGUUUCGCCUCUCUCUCUCUCUCUCUCUCUCUCUCUCUCUGAGACUCUCAAGAUCGUCACAGUAUCAAAAUUCAAACUGCACCUAGUUUCUGGCUAUUUAACAUAAAAACAUGGAAGGUAUUGUUGUAAGAAGGGUCAUUCCCUCAGACAAUAGUUGCCUCUUCAAUGCAGUAGGAUAUAUUAUGGAGCACAACAAGCAUAGAGCUCCGGAGUUAAGACAGGUUAUAGCUGCGACGGUAUCGAGUGAUCCUGCAAAAUACUCAGAGCCGUUUCUUGGAAAAUCAAAUGCAGAGUACUGUACCUGGAUCAUGGACUCCGAGAAGUGGGGAGGUGCCAUCGAGCUUUCGAUAUUAGCAGAUUACUUUGGACGUGAAAUUGCAGCAUACGAUAUCCAAACCCUAAGAUGUGAUUUGUAUGGCCAGGCUAUGAAUUACUCAGAAAGAGUCAUGCUUAUAUAUGACGGUCUGCAUUACGAUGCCUUAGUGUUAUCUCCGUUUGAGGGAGCUCCAGAGGAGUUUGACAUGACUGUCUUUCCUGUACACAAAGAUAGGACCAUUGGGCCAGUUGAGGAGCUUGCUUUAAAUCUUGCUAGGGAUGCUCAAAGGAAGAGGAGCUAUACAGAUACUGCAAACUUCACAUUACGUUGUGGAGUCUGUCAAAUUGGUGUCAUGGGCCAGAAGGAGGCUGUGGAACAUGCACAGGCAACUGGGCAUGUCAAUUUCCAGGAGUAUAAAUGAGAACAGAUAAAACAGCGAAAGAUGAAUAUGGGGAUAUAUUACAAAGUGCAACUUCAACCUGUUGAUGUCAAUGUGAUGAAAAUGUGCUAGACUAUUUUGCGAAAGAUAUUUGUUUUCGUUAUCACACAGCAAAGAAAUCCAUCAGUGUUUGUUUUUUAAAGCAAUAA